AUGGGCGCGGCGGCGGCGGCGGCGGCGGCGGCGGCUCGGCGGGCUCGGUCGUCGCGGGCUCCGCGGGCUCUCGGCGGCUGCUCGCAGAUCCUUCCUCCGCGUCUGGCGCCGGCGCCUCCCGCCCGCCCGCUGGCUCGCUCACUCGCUCUUCCCUCCGCCCCGCGACCCGAACCCCGACCCCUGACCCCGGCGGCGGGAAACGCGCCGCUAUUCAAAACCGGCGCAGCUUUAUUGGGCUCGCGCGGCGGACACUCGCAUUGUCCGGCCCGCCCCGCGCUUCCCGCCAAAACGCCCGCGGCGCAUGCCCGGCCAGCCAGGCAGAGACGCGCCUUCUGCGCUGUGCACGCCGGCGGCCCGGCGGGAGGGCGGCAGGCUCAGGUAGCAGGCGGGCGCGGGCCCCUGGCGGGCGGGCGGCGCAGCGCGUGGCCGAGGCCCGGCCCCGAGCACCGGGGGUUCGAGUCCCGGGCCCCUCCCAGGCCGCAGCCGGACGGUGUGCGCUCCAGGCCCCAGGCGAGGGGGCGGACGCUGCGGACGAUGGGGGACGAGCUGGACGGCGAAGGCCAGGCGCACGUCGGGGAUCCCGGCCAGGACGGCGCCGCGGCGCCGGGCCCGCGGCGGGAGGAGGAGCAGGCAGCGGCGGCCGGGCUGGCGGGGCCGGGGCCCUACGGAUACAUCCGGGCCGGCCUGUUCACCUCGGAGGUCUUCAAGCUGGAGCUGCAGAACGUGCCGCGCCACGCCAGCUUCAGCGACGUGCGGCGCUUCUUGGGCCGCUUCGGGCUGCAGCCCCACAAGACGAAGCUCUUCGGGCAGCCGCCCUGCGCCUUCGUGACUUUCCGCAGCGCCGCCGAGCGCGACAAGGCCCUGUGCGUGCUGCACGGGGCGCUUUGGAAGGGCCGCCCGCUCAGCGCGCGCCUGGCCAGGCCCAAGGCUGACCCCUUGGCCAGGAAGAGGCGGCAAGAAGACCGGGGGGAGCUCUCCGCCGGCCCGGCCGCGUGCGUCGCCGACGUGGUGACCCCUCUCUGGGCCGUUCCCUACGAGGAGCAGCUGGAGCGGAAGCGGCAGGAGUGUGAGCAAGUGCUGCAGAAGUUGGCCAGGGAGAUCGGGAGCACCAACCGCGCCUUGUUGCCCUGGCUGCUCUCACAGAGGCACAAGCACAACAAGGCCUGCUGCCCGCUGGAGGGCAUCCGGCCCUCCCCCCAGCAGACCGAGUAUCGGAACAAAUGCGAGUUCCUGGUUGGUGUUGGCGUGGACGGGGAGGACAACACAGUGGGCUGCCGGCUCAGCAAGUACAAGAGCGGGACGUGUGCCGUGGCAGCCCCCUUCGACACCGUGCACAUCCCUGGGGCCACCAAGCAGGUGGUGAAGUCGUUCCAGGAGUUCAUCCGGUCCACUCCCUACUCAGCAUACGACCCGGAGACAUACUCAGGUCACUGGAAGCAGCUGACCGUGCGUACCAGCCGCCGCGGCCAAGCCAUGGCCAUUGCCUACUUCCACCCACAGAACCUGAGCCCAGAGGAGCUGGCGGGGCUGAAGACAUCUCUGGCACAGUACUUCAUGGAGGGACCGGGCAAGGCCAGUGGGGUGACCUGCCUCUACUUCGUGGAGGAAGGACAGCGAAAGACCCCCAGCCAGGAGGGCCUGCCUCUGGAGCACGUGGCCGGGGACCGAUGCAUCCGUGAGGACGUGCUUGGGCUGACCUUCCGCAUCUCUCCCCACGCCUUCUUCCAGGUGAACACCGCUGCAGCUGAGGUGCUCUACGCGCUCAUCCGGGACUGGGCCCAGCUGGACGCGGGCAGCACGGUGCUGGACGUGUGCUGUGGCACAGGCACCAUCGGCCUGGCCCUGGCCCGGAAGGUGAAGAGAGUCGUGGGGGUCGAGCUGUCCCAGGAGGCUGUGGAGGAUGCACGGGUGAACGCCCUGGACAACGAGCUGAGCAACGUGGAAUUCCACUGCGGCAGGGCCGAGGAGCUGGUGCCCACCCUGGUGAGCAGGCUGGCCUCCCAGCAGCUCGUGGCCAUUCUGGACCCGCCCCGUGCCGGCCUGCACUCCAAGGUGGUCCUGGCCGUGCGCCGAGCAGAGAACCUGCGGCGGCUGCUGUAUGUGUCCUGCAACCCGCGGGCAGCCAUGGGCAACUUCGUGGACCUCUGCAGGGCCCCGUCCAACCGCGUCAAGGGCAUUCCCUUCCGGCCAGUCAAGGCUGUGGCCGUGGACAUGUUCCCUCAGACCCCGCACUGUGAGAUGCUCAUUCUCUUUGAGAGGGUGGAGCACCCCAAUGGUGCGGGGGCCCUGGAGCCCCACAAGUCUGUGGUCCAGAUCCCACCAGCACCCCCAGGUGACACCCCACCGGAAGCCAGGUCCUCCCCAACUUAGGGGCUGCAGAAACCAACCCUUCUGCAAUACCUGGACAGCCAUAGGCAGAGCCUGGGGUCCUCAAGGCCCACCCAGGAUGGCCAGGCAGCUACAGAGGCCACCAAGCCUGUCCCUCACCCCCAAAUGGGCCACAAGGACUGGAAUAAACAAGUGCUGAACCGCCA